GCUAUGUUUAGUUUUCGCAGCGCCGAGCACAGCUGUUAGUUGGGGUUAUAUGCUUAAUAAACAAAACUUAUCAGCUGUUGCAACUUUUAUUUGUAAGCUUUUGUUUAUUUGUCAACCAAAAUGGACAAUUAUCCACAAAAGUUAGUUGAUCAGUAUUUAAAGGCUUCGAAUAAACUCAAAAAGUUUGAUAGAGUCGUUUUCAAACGCUUUGCGCCUAAUGUCACCGAGGUGCUGGAGGAGUUCGGACGUUUGGCGUCACGUUUCGAGGAGGCUGGUAUCUUUCAGUAUGCUGCAAUGUGUCACUUAGGCGUUGCUAAGUGUGAGCUGUCUGCAGGAAAUGUGAUCAACGAAUGCCAAGCUUACCUGAGAGCAGCUCGCGCUUUCAUGCGCGUACACAAUACAAACGCUGCACUGCAACUCCGUUCCAGCGGGGGCGAAUUUAAGGAGGGUGCAUUGCGUUGUUACUGUCAAGCAUUGGAACGUUGUGCCGAUGACACGGUUUUGAAGGCGGCUAUAAUCCGUGAAAUGUCACCGCUGCAGCCACAUUAUGAUGGCUGCAGUAGUUUUGCUUCCCCUGCACAUAGAAUAUUUGAGCUAGAAGUAGCAGCACAUGCAUCAGUAGAACAGAGAGAUUUUCUCAGCGCACUUCACCAGCUCGAUGAUAUAGUAGAUAAUAUUUGCGAGCGCAAACAGCAUGAAUUGUAUGCAGAUCUGCUGCAGCGUGUAGAAAUAUUACGAUUGCUUUUGUUGAUGGCGUUAAACCUGCCACCAGCGCGGCAGUCACCAUCACAUAUUAAGCUAAUGGAAUAUUAUGGGCGAUUGGCGGAUCUCGAGAAUGAAAACAAGGCGGGCGCAAGUUCGCCGCUUGCAGAGAUAGGUGGAAAUCACUAUAGCACAGGCACUUAUGUGCCGCCAGAAAUGAAAUGGGAGCUGUCGGAAAUAGUGUUAGCCUGGAAGGAAUGCCGAAUAACAGACUACAAAGUAAUGCUAAAUCAGUUUGUGGCAAAAUUUAAUGCGCUCAAUGAGGCACAUCGGCAUGUAGCGCGAUGUAUAUGUGAGAAGUUGGAGGAAAAAUAUUGAGGAGGACAAUAAGUGGGUGGUUGGGAAAGAAACAAAAUUUGUUGUUAAUCAAAUAAGCGCAUUAAUUAUUUUCAUGCAUAUUUUAAUAAAUGUUUAUUGACAGUGAACGUUAUUGUUUUAAUUAACUCAGCUAGUUGCAUUUAAUACGAAAGAGUGCAAGGUUGGUAAAUCGAUGAUCGUUUUCCAAGCGUGUGGCUCAUUUUAUACUGUUAUUUAUAUUUCCCUUUAAACAAAAAAAACGUUAUUUGUGUAUGAAUGCCUGCAAAUUUUAUUUAUUCUCAAUGUGUUUAUUACACUCAUCAUUUGUUGAAAGCUUUUGGCAUACAUUUUUCUUCUAUUGCCGAUUAAAUACAAUUUCAUUUCACUUGAUUUCUAUUAUCCGAAUAUAAAAAAAUUCAUCUUCUAAUAUGUAACCUAUAGGUUUAUGUUCACUUUAUAGCAAACCUCAUUUUUCAAAGGCAGUAGUUUUGCCCAUUAGUGUUCAGAAAAA